UAGUUAAGUUGUUUUAUGUGGCAAAAAUUCAAUAAUACAGAUGGACGAAACAGCAUAGAUACCACCGAAUUACUGAACGAAAAUGUAUGGGAGCAUUUCAAUAAUUGGUUGCACUGCAUUUGUGUGGUUGCCUUUGAUUUAGAACUGGGUCAAGCCCUUGAGAUUAAGUACCCCAAGCAUGUAGAACUAACUGAACAAGAAGUGUCAAAUAUUUGUUAUUCCGCAUUUCCGGACUCCAACUCAGGAUGUAUGGGAGAUACAAAGUUCAUUAUAAGACUGCCCUGUAAGAACAAACGAGAACUAAGAUCUGAACAUGUUAAAUAUAAUGCGAAGUGCCCCCCUGCCUUGCGGAUUGAUGAAGGCUAUAUGUGGGGGUUUGUUUAUUUUCGGCAAGUCAGAGAUCCCAAUUUGCCAAGGGGAUAUUUUCAAAAGAGUGUUGUUCUUCUUUCAUACCUCCCAUUCAACAACUUAUUUACUGAACUUUGUAACUAUAUUGCUCCAGAAUACUUUGAGCAUGGUGAGAAAUGCUUGGAAGCAGUAUGCAUGAAUAUCGAAAGGUGGCCUCCACCUGUACCAGGAAAAAGCAUUGCAUUGUUUGUAUUAGGACAAGUAUUCCAAACUUAUAUUCCUGAUCACACUACUCUUCGAGGCAACGAAAUUGGCGAAAAUAAAGUUUUAACGAAAAUAGAUGAUUUAAAUUUAUUUGAGCUAUUUAAGCCAGUAUUAUCACACAUCCAUCUGUUGUGGGAAUUAGUUAUAACAUCUGAACCAAUUGUUGUUAUGGCAUCAUCCCCUACAAAUUGUUCCUUAAUGGUUUUAGCGUUAACUAGAUUAAUUUCACCUCUUCAAUUUUGUGGAGACUAUAGACCAUACUUCACAAUACAUGACAGCGAAUUUAAGCAAUAUAAACAAUACACUUUAAAAGAAAGAUUUCCUAGGCUACCUCCACCUGCCAUACUGGGGGUGACAAAUCCGUUUUUUGCCAAAACAUUUCAACACUGGCCGCAUACUAUAAUAUUGAAUGAUGAUUUAGGUCGCAAUUCAAAAUAUAAGAUAAAAAAGCCUGCUCAGGCUAAACAAAUUGAGACUUCCUCUGGAAUAUAUACUUCAUACAAGCCUUUUUUGCAAAAAGAUAAAAAUAUUAUAAAAAAACUUAUGAGUGGGGUGAAUUCUAAUCGACCAGAUGAAGCUCAAUCAGCUAUGUUGAGAAAACAUUUAUUAGAACUUACACAUAGUUUUAUGAUUCCUUUGGAGAGGUAUAUUGCUAGCUUAAUGCCAUUGCAAAAGGAUAUAUCUGCGUUUAAGGCUGCCCCUAUUCCAAACCCUUUCAACCCAGAAAACUUCUUUACUACAUUGGAAACUGCCGGUCCACAUUUGACCCUUAACAAAACCAACAUAAAAGGCGAUUGGAUAGGAUUGUACAGAAAAUUCUUUCGCUCUAGAAAUUUUAAUUCUUGGUACAACUGGAGAUAUCAGGAAUUAUCACAAAAGUUACAAGCUCUACAUACCGAAGCACUGUCGAAUGCAGAUCUGAAAAACUGGGUACAAGACCGACCUGAAGUGGAGGUGGUUGACAUGGUCCUAAGGAUAAAAACCAAAAUAAUCGAGUGUGAAAACAACAUUCCUGUCAGUGAAAAUGUGAAGAGGGAGUUAAACCAGAGGAUGUUAGACGUGGUAACGUCCUUGCCAGAUGAUUUAAAAAAUAUCUUAAAGAUUUCAUGAUAUUGGUUUCAUGGGGCUUGAGAUGCUGUUAGUUCUGGCCCUGUUAAAAAUUGUUUUGUGAAAAGAAAAAUCAUUUACUACAUGGCGGUGAGAAAUAUUUGUCAAUUCAAAAUUUUUAGUUACAUUCCUUUAAUGUAUCACUUACAUCACAUUAUAUUUUCAUACAUCAAUGUGUUUGUUUUAAUAUUGGAUGAAACUGUUUGAGAUUGUCAAAGUGGUAUGAUCAAUGUUUGCUGUAGUUUGAAACUUCUUCGGAAUAAAUACUAGUAAGGAAUUUUUACUCAACUGACUAUAUCAGCAUAGUUUUAUAUACUGUUUUCUCAAUGUAUUAGAACGUCCCCUAUUGUAACUUGCCUAAAAAUAAAUACAUGAAAUUGCGGGCUAUUAUAUCAUGUUUAAACCAGGCUCAUCAUUUUAAUACUCAAAUAAUUUAAGUGUGCUGUACAUUUUGUAAGAAAUUGUUAUUCAGUCACCUUAUUGCUACUGUAAAUUUUAUAUUGACUUACUUGUCCAGUGAUAAAUCACCUUUUUUUAUAUAUUUCACCAAAAUUUAUGGUUAAUAAAUGUUUAUUUUUUA